AUGGAGCACGCCGGCGGCACGGGCGGCAGCAGCAGCAAUCUUCUCUCGCCGCCGGAGCUGACGCCGCUGGAGCAAGAGGUCCUGGACGAGUACGAGCGCCUCGCCAACAACAUGAAGCAGCUGGCCACGGAGCUCGACGGCCUGGCCUCGCGCCCCGCGACCGAGAUCCUCGACGGCCUGCGCGAGCUGGAGCGCAAGACCAGCCUGGCGUUUACCCUGCUCAAGGCGAGCGUCUACAGCAUCGUGCUGCAGCAGGAGAUUGACUGGGGCGAGGGCGACGAGGCGGGGACGCGCUGA